AUUAUGCCUUAGUCUACAGGUCAGGUGUUUUUAAAAAAACAUUGGUCAAUAGACCUGGACAAAGUUUGCAUUGUAACUUGCAUUUUGUCACUGUCUUUAACACAUCUACACAUAUUCCCACAAUACACAUGUAUUAGUUGCUGCCCCCAGGUAUUAAAGAGCAUGACCUUGGAACAUCUGCACAUUAAUACAUAAAAGUAAUAGAAUUUAUAAUGGCAGUAUUUCUGUAAUGGCGAUGGUGAUGUCCUUGUGUUAUAUAGACUCCAUAGCAUAGGAACAACCUGCAGCCCACUUAUCUUCAGCAAGUUUUUCACCAAUGGUUUCCAUGACUUCUCACUGGAGAUGGCCCAGUGGCAAAUGUUAUGAGAUACAGAAGACCAGAUAGAGAGUAAUAACAUAAUGUAGUUUACAACAAGUUGAAAUAUGGUAGGAGGAGACAAAGUUGCAUAAUCAAUAACAUUAGUGGGACUACAUUUUUCCAUGUGGUUUUGCUCCAAAAUCCUGGUUCAUGACAAUUGCAAUGAAAUCAUUCACUUAUUGCCUUGUGGUCUCUGAUAUAUGUCAGAUUUAUGACAAUUUGUUUAUCCUGUGCUGCUGUGUAUACAUUUUAUGAUCUUUCAUUUGCUGUAUUUUACCAUGCCUGAAGCAGUGAUAGUGAAAAUAAAUCCACACGUUCAUACCCAAGGGGUAUUAGGAGAAUAUCUGGGGAUAAUUCUAAUGUGACAGGAUACACCAUUUGGGGGAAAGGGUUAUGACCGGGGGUUCUUUUGGGAAAAAACACACUGUAGCCCCCCUUCCUGAUCCCUUUAUAAUCAUGUUGCUGAUCAGACUGAACCCUCAUAUGCUGUUACACUCAAUUGUAAUACUGAAUAAAGUGUACUUAUUAAUAAGGUAAAUGUUCUAUGUUGUUUACAUUGAUGUUCCUCAAAACCAGACUCCACAGUCAGCCUGUAGUGGAACAUGCUUUCCUGGAUUCAGAAAGUAUCAACGAGAGGGAAAACCACGCUGCUGCUAUGAAUGUGUCCACUGCCCUGAAGGAGAGAUAUCCAAUCAAACAGAUGCACAGACCUGUAUUAAAUGUGGAGAAGACCAGUGGCCCAAUGCAAACAAAGACAAGUGCAUAAAUAAAGUUAUAACCUUCUUAUCCUAUGAAGAGCCACUUGGUAUAUCACUUGUGCUAAUAUCAAUCCUUUUCUUUAUUUUCACUUGUGUGGUUUUGACAAUUUUCACUUUAUACCGAAACACUCCCAUUGUAAAAGCCAAUAACAGAGAUCUCAGCUAUAUACUGCUUUUCUCCCUUAUGAUGUGCUUUCUUUGUAGCUUAUUAUUCAUCGGCCAUCCCCUGCGAGUAACAUGCAUCCUCCGACAAACAGUUUUUGCCAUUGCUUUCGCCAUUUCUCUUUCCUCCACCUUGGCCAAGACUGUGACUGUAAUUGUUGCCUUUAAUGCCACCAGACCAGGAAACAAGUUAAGGGACUGGAUGGGACCCUCAGUGUUUAACACUCUUGUGUUAUUGGGCGGCCUAGUUCAAGUCUUCAUAUGUGCUGGCUGGGUGGGGAUAUCCCCACCAUUUCCCUACUAUAACUUGGAAGAUGACAUUGUUGUAAUAUUAGCUGAGUGUAAAGAAGGGUCACUGCUUGGGUUUUAUUGUGUUCUUUGUUAUCUGGGGCUUCUGGCCUCUAUUAGUUUUGUUAUUGCUUUCUUAGCAAGAAGGCUACCUGAUGCUUUCAAUGAAGCCAAACUUAUAACCUUUAGCAUGUUGGUAUUCUGCAGUGUCUGGAUUUCUUUUAUCCCAGCCUACCUGAGCACCAAGGGGAAAUAUACUGUUGCAGUGGAGAUAUUUGCUAUAUUGUCUUCUGGUGCUGGAUUACUGUGCUGUAUUUUUCUCCCCAAAUGCUAUAUAAUACUUAGGAGGCCUGAACAGAACACAAAAGUAUUUAUAACACAGAAAGGCUAACAAAAAUAUUCUGGGCAAUACAGUGGUGUAACUACUCUGUGCCGGGCCCAGCACAACUCCUAACUGCCUCCCACUUGCUCCUUACCACUAAAUCUACGACAGAAAAGCAGCUGGGGAGGUGGGACCUCUCUAUUGUUACCCCACUGGGCAAAUGAAAGCAUUUCUCAUACACAUUUCCCUAGUUCUUACAACAGUCUUUGAAACCUUUGAAUAACUUGGGAAAAGUGUAAUAGAAUUUCUGGACAUCCAUUUGCCUAUAUUUAACCAACUAAUUUUGCAAUAUUAAAGAAAACAGUCUUUUAACUGGCUUUUUUUUUUGUAACUUACAUUUUUUUAUUAGUUUUAUAAAGAGAAUAAAGAUUGUAAUCACAACAUUAUGAUUAGUUCACAUAAAGUCAUUGUCAAGAUACAGUGUCGGACAGGUUACAUAGAUGUGCAUAGAGUAGUAGAAAUAAACAAGCACAUAUGUACAGUAUGACAAUAUAGUCUGGGAGUAAUUAUGUUGGAAUGUAUACGUUAUUGAAAAUAGAACCUGUUGAUCACAAAUAAAAUAGAAUAAAUUCAGAACUAACAAAUACAAAAAACAACAAAACAUUAGUAUGGUGUGAGUUUCACUUCUGUUUGUGGUAUACUGAGAGUAUCCAUUUAAAAAGUAGGGAUCUUAAUAUUAAAGAUAGCGUGUCUCCCAUGCUGUCC